UCUGACUCUCUUCUUUUUGUUUUCCGAUGAUCCUGAUAUGUUUGCGUUCGUUCGGAUUCAUAGAGCUGAAGAAACGAGCCAGAUGCAGCUCGUUGAGCGUGAAGAAAUUGAUGAAGACGAAGAUCUAUUUGAGAUGAUUGACAAAUUGGUCGCUCAAGGUAUAAACGCUGGAGAUGUGAAAAAGCUACAAGAUGCUGGGAUCCAUACCUGCAAUGGUCUCAUGAUGCAUACCAAGAAGAACCUCACUGGAAUCAAAGGUUUAUCAGAGGCUAAAGUUGACAAAAUCUGUGAAGCUGCUGAGAAAAUUGUGAACUUUGGAUAUAUGACUGGAAGUGAUGCUCUUCUAAAGAGGAAAUCAGUUGUAAAAAUCACUACAGGGUGCCAAGCUCUCGAUGAUCUCUUAGGAGGUGGAAUUGAAACCUCAGCCAUCACAGAGGCUUUUGGCGAAUUUAGGUGUGGGAAAACUCAAUUAGCACAUACCCUUUGUGUCACUACGCAGCUACCAACAAACAUGAAAGGGGGAAAUGGAAAAGUGGCUUACAUUGACACCGAGGGAACCUUCCGUCCUGAUAGGAUUGUCCCAAUUGCUGAAAGAUUUGGAAUGGAUCCAGGAGCUGUGCUUGACAAUAUCAUUUAUGCUCGUGCUUAUACCUAUGAGCAUCAAUACAACUUGCUUCUUGGCCUUGCAGCAAAAAUGUCUGAGGAACCAUUUAGGAUUCUUAUUGUUGACUCCAUCAUUGCUUUAUUCCGAGUGGAUUUCACUGGAAGAGGAGAACUCGCAGACCGCCAGCAAAAACUAGCUCAGAUGCUUUCCAGGCUAAUCAAAAUCGCAGAGGAGUUUAAUGUUGCUGUCUACAUGACUAACCAAGUCAUAGCUGACCCAGGUGGUGGAAUGUUCAUAUCAGACCCAAAAAAGCCAGCAGGUGGUCAUGUCCUAGCUCAUGCAGCCACCAUCAGGCUCUUGUUCAGGAAAGGCAAAGGCGAUACACGUGUCUGCAAAGUCUACGAUGCUCCGAAUCUCGCUGAAGCUGAAGCCAUAUCCUUUAACCAAAUCCACACACACACACUUGUUUUGAUUUGAUUAUUCAUUCAUAAUACAAUGACUUCAUUUUU